GCAGCGAGAAUAAAGAGCUCAAUACGCCGCAGACGUUUAAAGUGUUCGCAAUCCAAGCGGUAAAUCAGCACGAGCGUACUAUCUACAGGGUAGCAGGUAGAGAACGACAACGAUUAUAUUUGGUGGUCAGCUUAAAGUGUAAGUUACUGUGUCGUCUGCCCAACUAUCGGUAGUGAAUGGAUAAAGAGUCGACGAGACGGGCAGCACGCGGCGUCCAGCAACAUAAGAAACCGAGCGAAACGUGCACUUAUCGUAGCCCAAAUCAUUCAAUAUUUAGCGACCAAAUUGACAAAAGUGAGAAAGUUGUCUUAAAAUAUGAUUAAAAACGAAGAAGAAUCAAGCAAGAGUCAUAAUAAUAAAAGUGUGUAAUAAUAAAGAAAACGAUAAAAAAUUUACGUAUACAAAAAUAGUCGUUGUAUGUGAUAUCGAGACGGGAGAAGAAAUACAACCAGGUUUUUGUUGUGUUUGUUUAUUUGCUGCAAUCAAGAAAACGAUUAUGUAUUUUUUGUAAAGAUCUGUUACGAUUAACGAAAAGAAAGAACCCUCCAGACGUGCAAGUCCACCAGAACAUCGAUUCAAGAAAAGACUGAAGGCGACAAGCGAACAUCAUCGUCAUCCACUAUAGUGAAUAAAAAGUUCAAGAGUACAAAUUAAACAAUAGGAUAAUUCAGGAAUUUUUUAUUGGACGCAUUGGUACUCGCACAAAGAUGACAUCUUUACCCUUGGGAUAUUUUGCAAUGCUCUUGCUGUUGAUCACCUGCAUGACGGUGACCAUAACACAAAGUCAGGCAGCCACUGAAUAUAACCGUUACUUAGCGCAUAUUUUCCAAAAAUAUGGCAAUGGCGGCACAAUAUCUUUUGAGGGCCUCGAACAUUUAAUGUAUAACUUGGGUUUGGGACAAUUAGAAUUUGAACCUUCUCAUACAGUCGAUGAACACAAAUCCAAAACUCGAAAUAGUGGGAAUGCUAACGUUGAUAUUAUCAAGUCAUACUUGGAUCAGCAAACAAACAAACUAAUGUCAAAUGAUGACGACAACGAUGAAACGAAAAAAAUGCCAGAUAACACGGUCAUUGUAGAAUUCAAAGAAAUGCACGAUUCUCGCCACAGGCAUCCUCGGAAAGACGAUGCCACUUUUGAUGGUCCCCCAUUACCUGCCAAUGUAUGUUUGUCACCCAAGUCCCUGUUGCGGCUUGUUGUCGACCAUGAUGAUUUGCAUAAGCGCAAGCAACUUUACAAAACGUAUUCGUCAUCAUCCGAAAAAAUUGAUCUUACUCAUCAGGACCACGACCUCGAGGAGGAAUUCAACAACUUUGUCAAUUUUGUCCGACUAACCCCGGUAACCUUUAUGAAAUUGUGUCCAGCACUUUUGGCUCAAAUUGAUCAGCAGGUAUGCAUGCAGCCCGCCCCAUUAACGCAUAUGGAAGAUAGUAAGCAAAUGAUAUGGAAUGCAUGGAUUUAUGCUUCUGCCUCCAUUUUCAUACUCUCGACAUGCGGACUCCUAGGCAUUUUAUUGGUUCCCCUUAUGAAGACAAUGGCCUAUCAGGAGAUACUUAACUUCUUGAUAGCCGUUGCAGUCGGCACACUUUCGGGGGAUGCAUUAAUGCAUCUUCUACCCCAUGCUCUAGUAAAUGAACACGAAUCGGCGCCAACAUCGCACAACGAUGAUCACAAUCACGAUCAAUCGUCUCAUUCGCAUGAUACAACAGCUGUCUGGAUUUGUGCGGCGGCUUUCUUUACCGCUGUUUUAAUGUACAUAAUUGAGAAUCUCUUGCCACUGUUAAGAAAUGGUGUCGACCAAGGAGCUCAUGGACAUAGCCAUCAUCAUCAUCAUAAUCAUGGAACUAACAAUAAUACCAAACCAGUAGUACCACACAGUGGCAUUAGCCCAUCAGUAGAUGACAAUAGCGUGGAAUUGCCACUUCCAGAAGUUAAAGACGUUCGUGAACUUAACGUUAUGUUAAAUGAGUCGAAGACAGAUGAGAAGAAACCAUCGAUGCCUUUAACGCCAGUUGCUUUUAUGGUUGUUAUUGGCGAUGGUUUGCACAACCUUACCGAUGGUUUAGCUAUCGGUGCCGCCUUUGCGUCAGCUCCUGUAACCGGUUUAGCCACAGCAUUCGCCGUUUUAUGCCACGAACUACCUCAUGAGUUGGGUGAUUUUGCCUUAUUGCUACAAACAGGUGUCUCCAUACGCCGAGCAAUCUAUCUAAAUAUUGUAAGUUCGGUCUUAAGCUUUGUGGGCAUGUCAAUUGGCCUCCUAAUUGCUGGUCUACACGGUAAUAUGACACAAUGGAUCUACGCCGGUACAGCCGGAUCCUUUCUGUAUAUUGCACUGGCGGACUUGGUACCGGCUAUGGCAGCUGAAAGCAAAAACAAGCUGAAGACUUCGCUGAUCCAAGUAAUAGGUGUCUUAGUCGGUGGUUUUAUAAUGCUGGCCAUAGCCGUCAACGAAGACCACCUAGAAACCCUGUUUAUGUAGUUCGCGUUGUUUUUUUGUAGAAGUUGCUUUUACAACAGUUAAGCCUAUUGCCAAGUGCCUAGUAUUAAAUAUACGUAUUUGUAAAUCUCGUAUCAGUUAAGUUAGUCGUUAAAUAUUAAUGUUAAGUUUUACGAAUUUGUAAUUGUAAAUUAUUGUCAAUGAAUAAAAGACGAAAGAAAUGGGUUUCCAUUUAUAAACACUUA